AUGUCGUACUAUGAUAUCUUCCCCAUAGAAGAAGAAUUCAAUCUAGAGACCUUUAAUCUAUCACAGUUGAAACCCAUUGCAACAUGUAAUUCUUACAGCAUCUAUUUGAAAUUAGUAGAACCAAUAAUAUAUCUCAGAGGGUUUCCAAAUUCUGUAUCACCAAAUGAUCCCAUAUUCAAUACUCACUCUUCAAAUGUGUUAAGGGGUUACUUAGUUCUAUCCGUUAUAAAACCUUACAAAUUUAAAUCUAUAGAAUUACAAUUAUCUGGUAUAUCAAAAUUAGAAUGGCCCAAUAGUAAAGAUAAUAAAAUAGAAACAUUUUCAAUUAUUGAUCAUAAAUGGUCCUUUUAUGAUGCAAAUUCAAGUCCAUCUCAUGAUAAUGCAACCCUUUAUAGACCCAUUUCAAAUAGUACUACGAGAAGACAUUCGACAUCAUCAUUAUCUUCUUCUUCAUCAAUGUUUGAAAAUUUAUUCGCUAAAUCUGAUAUGGCCAAUGAUCCUACAUAUUUUCAACCUGGAAUGUAUUUUUAUACUUUCCAAUAUAUUAUACCUCACUCAGUACCAGAAUCUAUAGAAGUACCGUAUGGCUCAAUCAAAUAUCAAUUAAGAUUAAUUGUCAAAAAUUACAAGAAAUUUAAUUCAAAAUCUGUUAAACUUUUACCUAUUACAAUAAUAAGAUCACCUUCAGAUACUUCCAUUGAAGAAAAUGAACCAAUAAUAAUAAAUAAAGAUUGGAAAUCAAAAAUUUUUUAUAAUAUUGUAAUACAUUCCAAAAUUUGUAUCCUUGAUGGAUUUUUACCAAUUUCAAUUACAAUGAUCCCUAUGGAUAAAGUAAUUGUACAUAGAGUAAGAGUAUGGAUUACAGAAACAAUAAAUUAUCAUUCCACAAAGGAUCCAUCUUUACAUAGAUCGGCUGCCACAAGAGAAUAUCUUCUUUCUGAAUUAAAGGGUAAAUCAUCAAGCGAUUCGCAUCCAAGGUAUCAAAAUCCAAAUGAUUUCGAUAAUCUUCUAGAAUCUAAUGAUACUGAUGAUAUUGGUAAUCGAAAUUUUGAAUUUCAAGUUUAUGUGCCCAAAAAUAUUAAUUCUUUUAGUAAACUUCAUCCAGAUACUUUCUUUAAUAGUAUCGUAAUUAAUCAUUGGAUCAAAAUCUCCUUUAGAGUCUCCAUCAAAAAUGACGACAAUAAAUUAAAACACUUUGAAGUAUCAAUUGAUUCUCCACUACAUAUCCUUGAUAAAUUUUGUUCGCACGCCAAUAUUUUAUUACCAAAUUAUUAUAAUUCGAUAGAUGAUACUCUACCAAAUAUUUAUUUUCCAGAUGAAAUUAUUCAUUCAGAUAUCAUGUCAUCAGAAACUAAUGCAAUGGAUCCAAUGUUACCAGUAAGAACUGAUACAAAUAUUCAAAAUUAUACUCAUUUCAAACCCAUUGCAUCUUCAAAAUUAUCGUCAAAUAUCUAUCAACCAAGAUCCCUACCAAUAGAUCUGGUAGCUUCUCAAGCUAUACCCUCAUCACCAAUUAUAAAUGAUAAAAAUACAAUAAUGUCAUCUCUUUUCCCUCCUUUUCCACCUCCACCGUAUGACGCUGCAAUUCCAACUAUCGACGAACGUUCGAUAUUAAAUGAAAUUAAUAUCAAGGAUUAUGGGACUGAUUUUUCGACCACUGCAAAAGUAAAUAAUAAUAGCAAUCAUUAUUCUUGUCAAAGGAAGAUAAAUUCCUCAAAAAUUUCAAAUUUUAGAAAAGUUUCAGAAAUAUUAAAUGAGGAUGAUGAAAUCGAUUUAGGUAAUUUUAACAGUCAUAAUUGGGGUUCUUGGGAGCCUAUUCCUUUGAAUCAUUAG